CAAUCGGAACGCGGCGGUGUUCUCCUUGGCAAGAGAAAAGGUCCGGCCAGUCGAGUCCAGUCGAAAGAAAACCGGCCAAAUGAAGCGGCCACGAACAGCAGUCGAAACAGCAGUGGGACCAGUAGUCGAAGAAAAAAGGAGAGGAGCAUUAACUCCAAUAUUCUCGAGAGUAGAAUCGAAUGCCAGAGUGAAAAGUGCGAGCAGAAGAACGUAGCAGACUCUCCACGUAUGCGGGAGUUCUUUAAAGAAGUCCAACAGCGGGAACUCAAGCAAUACUACCUCCAGAUGAGGGCCUCCCAAAGGGUGAGAAUUGCCCCGAACCCCUUGUGUCCGGACUGGGGACUGGCAAAGCGAACGGAGAGGGAUAUUGCGCAUAAUGUAUACUGUAGGGGACCUCAGAGAUUGUGUUAAAGGCAGGGGAGAUGGGCUGG